GUUUCAACAAGUUCGAUUCUUAUUUCGUUUAGUUUUCGGAUAUAGACAUAUUAUAGUAUAUUAGAUUGUUAUUAUUGUUAAUAUUGAAGAAAAAAUAAUAGUUACCAUAUUUUUAAUCGAUUUUUUGUUUGUUUUAACUUAUAUUAUAUGUUCAUUGUUUUAAACUUCGUUUUGUAUAUAAUUUGUGCAAUCCGUUAGAUUCUGUUAAUCUUCCAAAACACAUUUUCAAUAUAUGUACUUAUCUUGCUGUCCUUGAUUAAUUUUCUUAGUGCAUGUGUGUGUGCUAUAUGCAUUAUGCUUGUGUUAUAGUCAUUUUAUUUGCACGCUGGAGGGGAUUUUUACUGACCCUCAAAAAUAUCCAAUGAGCUAGAAUGUUUUGAUUACAAUACAUUCUAUUCUAGUCAAUGAUUCACCUUUGGAUAUCCAAUAUAUGAGUGACUCUGAGGCUGAGACUGCCUCAAUGGAGACUACCAGGAUGUACAAAGACGACCUGGAAUUAUCUCGCAUGUCUUUAUAUCUUAGUUCUCAAGAUCUGAUAAUAAAUUCUCCGGAAGCUGCUCGUCACAUAAGGCCGGAAAGCAUAACAUUUGAUUCGACGCCAGGUGAUAUAUCUGUGGAUUUUGUGCUUGUUUCAUCAUCCAAAGCCAAAGCACCAGUGGACAUAGAUGGUUGGAACCGUAGAUCUGCUUUUGAGGAAAGAAUUAAAGAACAAGGAUUACUACUUGAAGAAGAUGUUGUUGGUGGGUUGACAUUUGUCAAAGUGCAUGCACCUAUACCAGUGUUACGUAGAUAUUGUGAAAUAUUAAAACUGCGAAUGCCCAUGAAAGAGUAUCCAAUGACUGAACAUAUUCCCGAAAAAGGUUUUGAUCUAAUAGAGAAGAUAAAAAAAGUUGUUGGUCGCAUUAUACGAGUUUUUAUCACUAUUGAUCCUGGACCAUUUGUACCAGCUAAGUACAUUCUGACAGCAGAAUAUUCACGAGAAAAAAGUUAUUUAUUUAAUGAAGAUGAUCCAGAAUUCUUUUCUGCUGAAGUUCGGACAUUAGUUAUAGAUUUCAUUUUAAACAGAGUUAGCUGGGGAAAGGAUCAAUCAGAUGUCAAUUGUGUCGGAAUUCAGUGUCUUUUAGAUGGAGGUGUUUAUAGAGCUGCUUAUCCUUUACAUGAUGGAGAGCAUACUACUGAAAAUUCAUUACGCCAUCAGCUGUAUGUCGAAUGGGCUAUGAUGAGUAAAUGGAUUCGUAAACAGCCAAUUGAUCAGAUUAAAGAGUAUCUAGGUGUGAAAUACGCAUUUUACUUCACAUGGUUAGGAUUCUACACACAUCUGUUGAUUCCAGCUGCUAUUUUGGGUUUAAUUGUAUUUUUUUAUGGUAUCUUCACCUUUCCUAAUAACAGAUUUAGUUCUGAUAUUUGUAAUGACAAAGACACAAUAAUGUGCCCAUUGUGUGACCGUACAUGUGAUUAUUGGGAACUUUCAAACACUUGUUUUUACGCAAGAUUAACAUAUUUAUUUGAUAAUGAUCUGACUGUGAUAUUUGCCUUCCUGAUGUCUAUUUGGGCUACUCUAUUUCUUGAAUUGUGGAAACGAUAUUCAGCUACCAUUACACAUCGUUGGGGAUUGACAGGAUUCACUUUUGAAGCUGAACAUCCAAGGCCACAAUACUUGGCACGUUUAGCUGGAUCUAAUCAUACCAAAGUGAACAUAGUCACAGGGAAUAUCGAACCAACCGUUCCUCUUUGGAAGAAAAUUCCUGCAACAUUAUUUAGCAUUUCCGUUCUUUUACUAUUAAUUAUGGUUGCCAUUGCUGCCGUGUUUGGAGUUGUGCUGUAUCGCAUGUCUGUUUUAGCAUCACUUAGUCUUACAAAUCAAUCAGAUUGGAUGAGUACAUAUAGUAAUAUAUUUAUUCCAACUACAGCAGCUAUCAUCAAUUUGGUUUGCAUUCAAUUAUUAAAUUUUGUUUAUGAUAAAGUUGCUAUUUAUCUGACUGAAAUGGAACUACUCCGCACACAAACCGAAUUUGACGAAUCGUUGACAAUAAAAAUUUACCUCUUCCAAUUUGUAAAUUAUUAUACAUCAAUAAUUUAUAUAGCUUUUUUGAAAGGAAAAAAUGUUGGUUAUCCUGCUAAAUAUUUGCGUAUAUUCAAUCUUCGUCAAGAAGAAUGUAGUCCAGGUGGAUGUCUCAUGGAAUUAAGCAUCCAAUUGUUCAUUAUAAUGGUUGGGCAACAAGCAUUAAAUACUGUUGUUGAAAUGAUAAUUCCUGUGGGUUUAAAUUGGUUCAAUUCAUUGACUGAGAACACAGGCCGCUUAGAUAAUUUGAAAUCAUCUUCCGAAGAAGAAGAUUUGGCUACAGCUGUUAAGAAACCUUGGAUUGAAGAUUACAAACUUUUGGAUUGGGGACCUAGAGGACUCUUCCCAGAAUAUUUAGAAAUGGUUAUGCAAUAUGGUUUUGUAACAUUAUUUGUUACUGCAUUUCCACUGGGUCCAUUCUUUGCAUUGUUAAACAAUGUAUUUGAAAUGAGAUUAGAUGCAAAAAAGUUUAUGAAGUAUUUCCGUCGACCAAUUCCUCAUAGAGUGCCUAAUAUUGGUGUGUGGUAUCGGGUAUUGGAUAUUUUGGGAAAGUUAGCAGUUAUCACAAAUGCUUUCAUAAUAGCGUUUUCUUCCAAUUACAUACCUCGUAUGGUGUACAUAAGUUUGGUGAGUGAAGACAACACAGACAAGGGUUUCUUGAACAAUACUUUAGCUUACUUUGAUACCAAAGACUUUGAAAGUGGUAUCGCUCCGUUGUCAUCCUCAUAUACUAAUGUUACUUAUUGCCGCUAUAAAGACUAUAGAAAUCCACCAUGGUCGCCACAAAAGUAUGAAAGACCCACAUUUUAUUAUGAAGUGCUCGUUGCACGCCUAACAUUCAUUGUUAUUUUUCAAAAUAUUGUAUCAUUAGUGAAAGUAGCCGUGCAAUGGUUGAUACCAGAUGUUCCAAAUGCCCUCAGCGACAGGAUUAAACGAGAGUCUUACCUUACAACUCAAAUGAUCAUUAAAAAUGAAGCGAAAAAAGCAGCAGAAGUUGAACACAUGGAUGGUAUGUUGCACGGCGUCAAUUCACCACAAAGCUUAUAAGACCAAUACUUAUAAAGGUCUUAAGGACUUAUUAUUUAUUGUUAAAAAUUUUGUUUUGUUCAGCCGCACUUUCUGUAUAUUAAUACAUUAAUUUUAUUGAUCUAAGUCAGUGAGGCCCAACCUUUUUUAUUCCAUCUGCUAUUAAAGAAAAUUUAUAUAUUUAUAAUAAAAGAAGAAAAUUUAAGUACCUUGGAAAUAUUGGUAUUUUUAUAUAUUUUAUUUCAACAUAAUAAUAUUUGAUUUGGUUUGGGCAUCGCUGAUCUAAGUCAUUAUCUUGUGUUCAUAGUUUUUAAUACUAAUUAUGAAGCAUUUUGCUUCUUAAUAUUUAACACAACACGUCUACUUCAAUUUUUUACGCACAAAGCCACAAACAUGCUUAUGGUUUAUGUUUAAAUGAUUAUUUACCUUUUUUAAUUUAUAUUAUAUUUAAUAUAUAAAAAUGUUGCUAAUUAUAAUGACCAAAGAUCCUCAUUAAAAAUAGAUAAGUAUAUUUGUUAUUUUUAUUAUAAAUGUUUUUUAUGUACCUAUAUAAGGAAUUUCAGGGAUAUUUUUUUAUACUCUUUUAGUGUUAUUGAUAGUUAAAAACUAAAAAUUACCUCAAUACAACAAGGAUAUACAUUAUUAGAAACAACCAUAAUUUAUUAUACGGUAAAUAACUAUACACAAUAACAAAUUAUUGUUAAAAUUAUGUGCUUUCCAAUUUUUUUAUUGAUUUUUUUAAUUUACAUUAUUGUAAGUUUUUUAUUUAAUUAUUGACGUAUACACAAUUUUUAAAAAUUCUCUGCUGCUUAUAUAUUAUUAAGUUUUAACAAUUCUUUUGAAACUAUUUUUUAUGCUCCUGCACUAGUUAUAUUUCUCAUCGUACUUGUUUAUAAAAUAAAAAUUUAAUGCUUAAUUAUAUUAGAAA